CUUUGAUCAUAUUAGUUGUGUUGCGCAUGCUCUGUGUUGUGGCGGCGAAAUGCGAAUGCUGUGAAAUUGAAAGGAAAUGUGUUUCGAAGAGUUGACAUAUUAUGUUACUCAUCAUCAUCGGAAAACGCGAAUGUCCUUGGUGAUGGUUCAGUGAAACAUAUUUCUUAUUAGCAACAACCAUACAUUACAUAAAGUAAUGAUAGUUUGCCACAAGGGAAAUCUUCAUUUGCUUGCAUUUCUGAAGAUAAGAAAGAAGCAAAAUACAUGGAUGUCACUCAUUCAUAGCAGUGAGAGGUCAGUGGUUCAGGAAGCAUACAGAAGUCCAUAGCACUGUAGGAAAAUCCAAGUGACAAAUGUACGCUAACCACAGCACAUGGGGAAAUGGCGUAGCAGGAUGUGUAUACACACCCACAGCUGCAAAAGGGUUUGGCAUGGUCCAAGAGAUGAAUAAAUAUUCACAAACUAAAGACCUGAGCAGUCCCUCAGAAGACAGUGGAUGUGCAGAAAUUACUGGCUGUUCCUCAGAGGAUUUUUCAAGAACCUCAUUUGAUCGUUCCAUUAGAAAUCCAUUCUAUAUCAGCUAUGUGGACAGACUGAGAUAUCCAGUAUGCAGCCCUUCUCUUUUCAAAAGCACUGGAAAAACGAGAGCUGAUGUCAACAGAGAAACUGAUAUAUCAUCAUUGAUAUCCCGUGAUUUUGAUGAAAGUGAGAGCGUAAUUUUUGAUGAGACAUUGGAUCCUGAGACUGAAAAAGCAGCUCAAGAAGCCAUUUCCAAGUUUUUUGAAGAUGAAUCUAAAGAUCUCUUUGUCACACCUGACAAAGUGGUAAAUUCAUUUUUAUUAAAUCCAGAAGAGGAGCGGGAUGAUGAGGAUAUUUCUUUGCCAUAUACCUGUGACCCAUCAACUCUUCAGCAUGAUAUUAAUCUUAGUACCACGUGGGCACAAACAAACAUCACAUUCCCUCCAAAUCUACCUGAGGAAGUUGAGGCAGCCUUAGCUUCAUACAGAAAGCAAGAUGAGAAUGAGCUUCUGAAGUUAGCUACAUGCAGAGUAUGUGAUACAGAAUGUGGGAGACACUUACAAGGUACUGAGACUGAUGACCAGGAAAUGAAUCUCAGAAGUGUUAAAACACUUGAAAGUAGUUCUCAGACAGUUCUGAGCCUCUCGAAAAGACUGCCAGAAGCAAUGGAAUCCCUCUUAUCUACGUAUGAAACGUUCAUUGAGGAAAUCUGCACUGAUAUAAGGAUGUCGAUGAUGAAACGUCAACUGUUCAGCGAACAUUGUGCUUCAUCUCCACAGUUACAUAGUAGCAGCCCUCUGUCAAUGUUAAAUGAUACUAGUCCUCCACAAAGUGGGUCAUCAUUUACACCUCAGUGUGCUGCUGUCAGGUUAAGACACCAUGGGUCCCCAAUGGGUGACAUUUUAUCACCCACAGGUGUGUCACCUAUUGCAAGACCUUCAAGGGCAAACAGAUUUCUAUCAAAAUUGGAUUUUGUUAAUUGUCAGUUUGAGAGAGCAUCGUCAAUGUCUCCUCCAGCAUUCUUGCGACUGAAAGGUUCAGUUUUUCCUUUGUCAGAAGAAGAUGAAAACUCACAAAGGAACUAAGAAGCCACUUGUAAUGCAUGUUGUGAAAAUAGGAAUUGAUCUAUUUUUGCUGUUCAUUGUAAUGCAUUUUUAAUCAUGUGCCAUCUUUGUGUAGUGUUUAUGGAAUUAGUAUUUAAUGGUGUACACUAGUUUUAAAAUUGCCUAAAAAUUGGGUUGUAAUAGAAAAUGACAUUGAAAUUGUUAUGUGUGGGGUACUCUGCAGCUUGUAAGUAUGUGUUAAAAGGUAUCAUGCUGUGCACUAUGAGCUCCAUAAAAAAAGCCAGACCAGUAUUAAUGCACUAUCACCAGUGGCAUCCACCCAAAUUCCAGUCUGACAAUUAAGUAUUUGUAAAUGCAGUUGAUGAUGCACAGCAAAAUGUCUUUUAACAGAAACUUGCAGUAUAUUAUAAUCGGCAAUUAUUUUUAAAUCAAGUUACACAAGAAAUUCUAGAAUGACUGAUACAUGAAUUUCAAAGACAAUGUGGUGAAUAUUGUGAAAUGACUAUUUCCAUUUAUUGGAACUGCUAUUGUGCAUUGAGUUGGAAUAUCAAGAAGUUCUAGCUAUAUUUGAUAUUUGGAACUGAAACAGUGCUUGUUGAAUAUUGGCACUAUUUAUAUUUGCGGGAAUUGUUAGUGACACAGUUCAGUGUCGGAAGCAUUUUACACUUUGGAUGCAGUGCCAGUUUAUAUUUUAAAGUUCUGAUUUAGUAAAUCAUGUAAUGAAUUUUAUAGUACUGAAAAUGAAUGUGGAGCUAUUUUUAUAUUUUUUUAAAAUAAAAAUGUUUUUCAGCAUUGGUUUAAUGUUA